AUGGAGGGCGCCCAAACCUUGCUGAGCAACGCCGGGCAGCUGCUGAGUUCAGAGUACCAGCAGCUCAGUGGCGUCGGCGGCCAAGUUGUUGAGCUGCGGGACGAGCUAGACGCCAUCAAUGCUCUCCUCAUCAUGCAGUCCGAGGCAGAGGAUGGGGCCGUGGACCGCUUCCUCCAUGUGUGCAUGAGGCAGCUGGGCGAGGUUGCCUACGACGCGGAGGACUGCAUCGACCUUUACACCCUGCGCAUCAGGUCCCGGCCCACCGACGGCGUGCGCGCCGGGCUGGGACGCCUGCUCGGGACGCUCCUGUCUCGCCGCCGCCUCGCCUGUGAGAUCAGAGCCCUUCGCGCCCGCACCCUCGCCAUCAGCGAGCGCUAG